CACACACACACACUUGUCUGUAAGAAGGAAGCUGACGUCAGCAUUUGAAAAACUUGCAGAAAAUGUUAAAUUCUGCUUGAAAUUCACGAACAGCGAAUACGAGGAAACAAAAACACAGAUUAUUCAAAAUGAACGAGAUCCCAUCAGAUGAAUCUGAUGAAAUGAGGCACAGCCAUAUAAACUUGCCUUUGGUCACUUAUCCAGUUAUUGCAGAACUACUCGAGAAGUUUAGAAACAAUUUAUCAAAUGAAGUUCAGCUGAAUUUAGCCAGUGGUGUGACUGACAAACAUGUGGUUAAUCUGCUGUCCAGGAUAUGCUACAGACUUGUAUAUGACAUUACCGUCUUUCUUCUAAAGAGCUUAGAAAGGCAUGUUCUAAAAUACGCACAUAUGCAUCUUCCCAGGGACGAAAACAACUACAUCAUCUAUGGCAAUGCAGUGCUGAUGAAUAGACGACCUCUGUUUGAUGGGUGCAGUUACUGCAGGGUGACAGAGAGUGAUGUUUACUCCAGCUUAGGAGACAUUCUUGAUACCUGUUUUGGUCAGUUCCUGGGAACUGUACAAAGGUGGUCCUCUGACUCAGUCAGGCUCCGUACUUUACUUUCGGUGGAGAUUGCUAAGCUGAUGAACUCAAACCUGUGUCGUAUUAAUGGGUCAACAUCUGUGGAAUCAGAUAAGCCCAGACCACCACCAAGAACCAAGGCAAUGGUUUAUCAUUUGAUGAACAUUUUAGGUGAUUGCUUCAAUGCCAAGGAUGCUCCACUUUGGGCUCAGAGCAGCCAGGAUAAUGAUGCUGAGAUUCCUGGCUCCAGAGAGACUGCAUGUCCACUUCCACAGCAUCCUAAGUGUUCAAUUGAUGAGACCUUUCUCACCUUGUGUCUUGCAAAGUUAAUUGAUCACAUUGCUGUCAAAACCCAUACAUCAGUUGCAAACUUGGAUUUCCAUCACAUACUGACUCGUGUGAAAGAGAGGAUUGUGGAAGAUCAGAGUUACACUGUACCACAAAGUGUUAAAAACUUGCACGUCACAAUCUACAACAAACUAUGUCGCAAAUUUGGAUCCAAAUAUGUGCUUCAGUCUGUGAUGGAACAGGGCGAUGAAGCGUUUGUGGAAGCCUUUGUGGAGAUGUUAAAAGCACAGCUUAAAAAAUCAACAGAAAAAACAAGCAAGUCUAAGAAGAUGUGGAGAAUUUUUAGGAGGAACAACAAGGUUGAUCCUGUCUGUAAUAAUAAAGCAACAGAGUCUCACAUUGAAGAAAAUGAAAAGGAGAAUGUGAGACAGCAGAACAGACAGUGCAGCGGUAUCAAGAGGGCCUGCUCUUCCAUAUUUAUUGCUUUGAGGAAGGCAUUCAUUUGCUGCUUAACCAAGCAGUCAGAAACAGAAGAAUCUUUGAAAAAUGAUCACAAGUUCAUUUUACAAGUUAAUAUUUAAAAUGUCUAAAGUUUCGCAUAAAGAAGACAGCCUAGGGUGCUAGCUUGACAAAGUAGAGCUGGGGCUCUACUUUGUCAAGCUCUUAAUUAAAAAAAAAAAGAUCUACAUAAUGUCAAGUUAUAACCCUCUUUUCAAACAAUCUAGAACAGUUUCAACAAUUUUAAAGUAGCUUAAACUAAUUCAUAGGCCAUGGCAGCUGGCUGUCCCUCUCUGAGCCUGGUUCUGCUGGACGUUUCUUCCUUUUAAAAAGGGAGUUUUUCCUCCCAACUGUCGCCAAGUGCUUGCUCGCAGGGGACUGAUUGAUUAUCAAAAACCCUACAGUAUUAGGGUCUUUACCUUGCAGUUUUGAUCAAUCAGGCUACAGGACUGUUUUUAAAAUCUGACUCUGUCCACCAUAGAUUGAUUCUUUACAACGAGGGUUGUAAAACCAGCAUGGUGGCUCUGUGGAGCCUUUGCUUUCCCCUCCAAUUAAGAGGAGUUAGCGAAAUGUCAAAAAAAGUAACUUGAAGGGCCAAUUUGUCUGAUAUUUUUCACAUCAAAUCGUGGGCUGGAAGUAUGGGGCGGGGCUGGAAGCGUAAAUGUU